AUGAGUGAAGCGCAACAGUACGUAUGGAAAGGGGCAAUUCCUCUUCAAAUUCAUCUUCAUGAAUCUGAAGUCACCAUUCUUCCUCCUCCAUCACCCGCUCUCGUUUUGGCCCCUAGGAUUGGGUACUUGCCUCUUUUGGUUUCUUUGUUGAAGCCUCAUUUUAGCUCUGCACUUCCUCCUGGAGUAGACACCAUUUGGUUUGAGUACAAUGGAUUGCCUCUCAAAUGGUAUAUACCUACCGGAGUUCUUUUUGAUCUUUUAUGUAUGGAGCCAGAAAGGCCGUGGAAUUUAACAGUGCACUUUAGAGGAUAUCCAAGUAAUUUAUUGCUUCCAUGUGAAGGUGAAGAUAGUGUAAAGUGGAGCUUUAUCAACUCACUAAAAGAGGCUGCAUAUGUUAUAAAUGGAAAUUGCAAGAAUGUCAUGAACAUGUCUCAAACUGAUCAGGUGGAGCUUUGGGGAUCUGUUUUAAGUGGUAACUUGGAAUCUUAUAGACGGGUGUCAUCUAAGCUUAAGCUUGAAACUUAUGACGAGCAAUAUACAGAAAAUAUAGAUUCAGUUUCGACUAAAUCUGAACAAAGUACCGGGGAUGCUGAAGCUGCUGGACAAGUGAAGACAAGUAGGAUUCCUGUUCGCUUAUAUUUGUGGACUGUCAACGACGAUUUUGAUGACUUAGAAGAUGCUCCAAAAAUUGAUAAUUGGGACAAAGUCUCGUAUAUCAACCGACCUGUUGAGAUUUAUAAGGAAGAUAGUAAAUACUUUAGCUUAACCGAUGCGGUUAAAAGACUUCUGCCUGAGUACUUUCCGGAAAGUUCUUUUGUUAACGAAGGAGAAGAGGGAGAAAGUUCACUUGAUCCAGCGUCAUCUUGCCAAACACCCGAAAUUGCAGAAAUCAAGUGCGUACGCGUUCAAGGGAUAGAACCGAGUUCGGAAAUACCUUUUUCUUGGGUGGUUAACAACUUAAUGAAUCCUGAGUAUUUUCUUCACAUGUGUGUUUGCUUGAAAGUUUCAGAGGCCAAUGCUGUGCAGUAG